UAUAAAAACAUCUGGAGAGCACGACAUUGCAAAGUAUUCACCACUGCCAGACUUCAAUGUCCAGGAUCCCUAGGGUGAAGACACAUGGGUAUCUUCUUGCUCUCCUCACUGUGGUUCUUGGUCACACUUCUAAGCUGCAGUGGCCAUGAAAGCCCAGUGGCAAAAUGCUUUGAGGACCCAGAUUAUGAAGAAUUCCUAGAGAUAACAAAGUAUGGACUGGAGAAGCCAAUAUACAGGAAGCAUGUGCUGAUCGUGGGUGCAGGGAUGGCAGGACUCACUGCAGCCCAUAUACUUGCAGAGGCGGGGCAUAAGGUAACAGUUCUUGAAGCCAGCAGCCGUGUGGGAGGACGAGUGGAGACUUAUAGAAAUCAGGAGGAAGGCUGGUAUGCAAACCUGGGGGCCAUGCGGUUGCCAAAGGAGCACAGGAUUGUCCAUGAAUAUGUAAAGAAAUUUGGCCUGAGGCUGUCAGAAUUUGUUCAUUAUAAUCCAAAUACCUGGUAUUUUGUCAACAACAUCAGAAAGAGAGCCUGGGAAGUGAGAGAGAAGCCCAGCAUCUUGGGAUAUCAUCUGAAGCCUGAAGAAGAAGGCAAAUCUGCUGGCCAGCUAUUUCUUGAUGCCAUCAAAAAGGCUUUAGAAGAGGCGCAGAGGAUGAACUGCAGCCACUUGUUUCAAAAAUAUGACUCCUACUCAACCAAGCAAUAUUUGAUCGAGGUGGCAAACAUGAGCCAGGGAGCCGUCCAGCUUAUUGGGGAGUUGCUAAACAUUGAGGCUGGUUAUUACCAGGCCUUCAUUGAGAGUUUGAAAGGGGAACUCUUCACUCACUCAAAGGGCUAUGAUGAAAUAGCAGGAGGCAUUGAUCUACUGCCAAGAGCCAUUUACAAAACCAUCUCGGGACGGGUACUCUUGAAUGCCAGAGUGGUCAGGAUAAAACAGAGGAACGGUGCUGUUACUGCAAUAUAUAAAACACUUAACCAAACAUUGUCAAGUGUGACAGCCGACUACGCCAUUCUCACCCCUACGACAAAGGCCACCCGGCGCAUCUAUUUUGAACCGCCUCUCUCAGUUAACAAAUCCGAUGCCUUGAGAGCUGUCCGCUACAGAAGCUCCACCAAGGUCUUCCUUGGUUGCUCCAAGAAGUUCUGGGAAGCUGAUGGCAUUCAUGGUGGCAUAUCUGUCACUGAUCGUCCAUCCCGAUUCAUCAAUUACCUUGCCCAUAAUUUCUCCAGUGGCUUUGGGGUUCUCUUGGCUUCCUAUGUCAUCAAUUCUGACUCUGAUUUUUUCUUGUCCCUCAGCCAUGAAGACAUCAUUAACAUCAUCCUGGAUGACCUGUCAGUCAUCCAUCAGCUGUCUAAAGAAGAAAUACAAAGUAUCUGUAGCUCCUCAGUGAUAAAACGAUGGAACCUGGAUCAGUACGCCAUGACUGCCUUCACUGGGUUCACUCCCUACCAGUUUACAGAGUAUCUUCAAUCUCUACAGGAGCCAGAAGGUAGACUCUAUUUCGCUGGGGAGCACACCUCUGUGUUCCAUGGUUGGGUAGACAGUGCAAUAGUGACAGGACUGAGAGCAGCAAGAGCUAUCAAUUUCUUGUGUGGGAAGUACUCCCAGUUCAUCAAACCAAGCAGGAAAAAUUAACUUUUACAGCAGAUCUGCAAGAGAAUAACUAUCCAUUAAGAACUUCAAACUAAUAAAUCAAGAUUUCCUGUGGCAGUUGCAGAUGGCAAAGAAAAUGUAAUUGAAAGCAAGCUACCUCUUGCCAAAGAGGAUCCUACUUUGCAACAGAAAGAGAACCUUUCCGCUCCAGCUUCCAAAUAAUACAUAGAAAGAGAUUCAGAAUACUCCCAUAUUGCUGUAACAUAACAAUGAAGUGGUCUUUGUAAA